AUGCCCGCUAGGGAUUCAGGCCUCCCGCAAGUGCUGCACACGGAGGCCAGUGGGCCCCGGGGCCGUUCAGCGGGGAAGGCACGCUGGCAGGUGACAUUUCCGCCGUCGCAGCUGCCUUGGCGUUGGUCCGACCGCGGGCUUCUGCAAUUGGCUUGCGCCUCAAUUUGCAAAAGUGCGAGCUUCCCAGCCACCCUGCUUUGCAACCCAGAUGGAACUGGGAGAAUCCUCAAGAACUUUGAGUUUUUGGGGGCCGCUUUCAGCGACGAUGCCUUCAUUCAGGCUCACACUGAGGCCCGGGUUGGGAAGGCUGGCGUGCUGCUGGAGGCGCUUGCUGAGCUGGAAGAUCCCCAGGUCGGGCUUCGCCUUCCGGCAUGUGCUGGCCUCUGCCGGAUGGUCCACAGCACGCGUUGCAACCCGCCUGCCACUCAGGCUGCUGCUCUAGCCCAUUUUGAUGGGCUAGUACAACAAUGCUUUGGUGGGCUAACAGGCAUCCAUGUGACUGCUGAACAAUGGCGCCAAGCUUCUCGAGGGCUGGCGCACGCAGGGUUGGGGCUGCGCUCAUGCCUCACGCGUGCGCCACUUGACCCCGGCUUCUCGGCAGCCGCGGUGCGAGCCUCAUACCAGGUGGCUACAGCUCUUCACACUCUCCAAGGCACUGUGGGCGCUCAGAUUGCCACGCGGACUCUGCUUGUUGGGUGGCCCAACUUGGCCGCAGCAGCCCCGUUGCUCAAGCUGUCCUUCACUCCGAAGCUGGUGUGGGGGCCCGAGCCUUCCUCAAUGCCAUGCCCUCUGGACGCACCCGUAUGGAGCCAGCUGCCUUCUGCGCGUCCGGCUGGGUGUGGCGAACGCACCUUGAGACACAAAGCCUUGCGUGACCUGGUGUGCUCCUGGGCCGAUCGUGCUGGGAGACCUUGGCAUUGGCGGCCAGAGAAACAGGCGCAGCAGCUGCAGCCUACGCUCGCCACAAGGAGGCGCCUGGACACGGCCCAAGCCUGUGAGAACCAGGGCGUGGUGUUUGUGCCUAUGGUGGUAGAGGCCACAGGCACUUGGGAUAAGGGUGCGGCCAUUGUUUUGCAACACAUUGCCCGGGCUGUGGCCGCGCGUGCUGGCGAGGAGCCUGCACAUAUUCACUCUGUCAUGAUGCAAGAGCUGUGCGUUUCCGUGCGUGCAUCUCGAGCUCGGGCGGCCUUGCGCCGCCGAUAUGAAAUCGCUGACCACUGA